CACCCAACCAUCCACCUCUCCUUUAAUCAUCUCAUUUCUACAUUUCCUCUCUACAAAACACAACCCAAAGCUCAUCUCUCUCGCUUCUCAAACAAUUGAAAUCAACUAAAACAGAAGACAAGUAUCAAAAUGGGUAUCUGCAGUUCAAUGGAAUCCACACAAAUUGCAACAGCGAAAUUGAUAAGUCAAGAUGGGAAACUAGAAGAGUACUCCUACCAAGUGAAAGUAUCAUACGUGUUGCAAAAGCAUCAAAACUGUUUCAUAUGCAAUUCGGACGAAAUGGAAUUUGAUAAUCAAGUAUCAGCCAUGCAUGAAGAUGAAGAACUUCAAUUGGGACAAAUCUAUUUUGCUUUACCAUUGAGUAAACUUAAAUACCCAUUGACAUCUGAAGAAAUGGCUUCAUUAGCUGUUAAAGCUAGUUCUGCUCUAAUGAAAAGCAUUGGUUAUUCUUAUAACAGGAAACAGGUUAAACCAGUUACGUACACAACAAUCAGCGAGAGAAAAUCAGCAUCCAUUAGAACUGCAAAAGAUAACAAUGGUAGUGGAUUAAUAACAGAGCAUAGAAGGAAAAAAAGUGGUGGAAAAGGGCGUGAUUUUACCUCUAAAUUAGGGGCAAUUGCGGAAUAGAAAUCAUCAAAAUCAUUAAGAUUUGUAGAUAUUUCGGAUAUUUUUUUCCACUUUUUGAAAUAGUUAGCUUUUUACAGAUAUUUACAGAUAUUUUUGAAGAUGUCAUGGACUGUCUUCAGAUAUUACAGAGAAUCACAUGUAAUGGAUAUUUAUUAUUCUUUGAUUUGUUGGUUUGA